GUUAUAGCUUACAGCUGCAAGAGACCUUUUGAUUUAAAAAUUUGAUAUUUAUUGUUCCAUUAAAUUAUAAAUUAUUAUUUUAUUUAUUAUUUAAUAAUAAUAGUCACAAUUUAGAUUUGUUAUAAAAUGUCUUCAAUUAUGAUGAAUAAUCUUCGUAAUAGUAAUGGUCUUUGUCGACUUUUUAUGCCCUUGUACAAUACCAAUGCGGUCCGUAUACAACAAACACAAACAUCUUCAGCUACAUUAUCAUCACCAUCACCUUCGGCUAUUAAUGAAAAACCAAAACGAAUGAAAACGUUCGAAAUAUAUCGUUGGGAUCCAGAAAAACCUGGAAUGAAGCCUUAUUUACAUAAUUAUAAAAUUGACCUCAACGAAUGCGGUCCAAUGGUAUUAGAUGCAUUGAUCAAGAUUAAAAAUGAAGAUGAUCCUACGCUCACAUUUCGACGAUCAUGUCGUGAAGGAAUAUGCGGUUCUUGUGCUAUGAACAUUGAUGGUACAAAUACUUUGGCUUGUAUAGCCAAGAUUAGUGAUGUGGAUAAAGUAACCAAAGUACUACCAUUGCCGCAUAUGUUUGUCGUCAAAGAUCUGGUACCGGAUUUAACCCUAUUCUAUGAGCAAUAUCGUUCCAUACAACCAUAUUUGCAACGUAAAGAUAAUGUUCCAGUUGGCGAUCGACAGAAUCUGCAAUCAAUUAAAGAUCGUGAAAAAUUGGACGGCCUUUAUGAAUGUAUUCUAUGUGCUUGUUGUUCGACUUCUUGUCCAAGUUAUUGGUGGAAUCCCGACCGAUAUCUUGGUCCGGCAGCUUUGAUGCAAGCCUAUCGAUGGGUGAUCGAUUCUCGUGAUCAGGCUACCGAAGAACGCCUUGAACGUCUAAAGGAUCCAUUUUCUUUGUUCCGAUGUCAUACAAUUAUGAAUUGUACACGAACCUGUCCGAAACAUUUGAAUCCAGGUCGAGCUAUAGGUGAAUUGAAGAAACUGACUUCAGGAAUGGCUCAGAAACCUGCACCAGAUAUGCAAACACAGUGAUUUGUUAUAGAUUUUUUUUUAGAAAACAAUAACAAAUAUAUGAAAAUGAAAGCAAUAUCUAUCAGAUACUUAAUUUUUUUGUUCUUGCUCUAGCCUAUUGUUUAGACCGAAAUUCUUUGUGUUGUAAGGUCAUGAAAUAAAUUCGACAUCCACCAAUGAUGAUCGCGGUCUUUGGUGGGUUAGCAAUAAUAAAAAAAAUAAUUUUGAUUCAAA